AUGAACAACCACAGCAGCAGCACCUCAGACUUCAUCCUGCUGGGUCUCUCUUCCAAUCCCUGGAUGCAGAAACCCCUUUUUGCCAUCUUCUUCACCAUGUACCUGGUCACCGUGGUGGGGAAUGUGCUCAUCAUCCUGGCCAUCCGCUCUGACUCCAGGCUCCACACCCCCAUGUACUUUUUCCUCAGCAACUUGUCGUUGAUGGAUAUCUGCUUCACAACAGUCACUGUGCCCAAGAUGCUAGUGAACUUGCUCUCAGAGACAAAGACUAUCUCCUAUGUGGGAUGCCUCAUCCAGAUGUACUUCUUUAUAGCUUUAGCAAACACUGACAGCUACCUGCUGGCCUCCAUGGCCAUUGACCGACUGGUGGCCAUCUGCAAUCCUUUACAUUAUGAUGUGGUGAUGAGGCCACGACGCUGCCUCCUCAUGGUGGUGGCAUCCUGGGCAGUGUCCCAUCUUCACGCCCUCAUCCAUACAGUUCUCAUGGGCCGCCUCUCUUUCUGUGGACCCAAUAUCAUUCACCACUUCUUUUGUGAUGUCCAGCCACUGCUGACACUCUCCUGCUCUGACACCUCUAUCAAUGAGCUUUUGGCCUUCACGGAGGGCUCUUUCGUGAUCAUGAGCCCUUUUAUCUUUAUUGUUAUCUCUUAUGUCUUCAUUGCUAGGACUGUUCUGAAGGUUCCCUCAGGGGGAGGAAGAUACAAAGUCUUCUCUACCUGUGGGUCCCACCUCACAGUUGUGGCACUAUUCUAUGGAACGAUAAUAUCUGUGUACAUUCGCCCCUCAUCCACCUACUCAGUGACAAAGGACCGAGUGGUCACUGUCAUCUAUACAGUAAUUACCCCCAUGCUGAAUCCUUUCAUCUACAGCCUUAGAAACAAAGACAUGAAACAGGCCUUGAAGAAGCUGGCUAAAAGAACAGAGUAA